AUGGCUGCUUCAAGUCCUACCUCUUCUACUUCUGCUAGUUCCGAAUUUGAUCGUCUACAAGAUCAAUUAGAUGCUUUUCAUACUCAACUUAUAUCUCCUCCUACUUAUAUGAUUGAUACUGAUGAUUCUGAAAAUGAUGAACCUAUACGUAUCCAUGGUCUAAAUUGUACUGAUGAUCAUGUUGAUGAACUUACUGAACGUUAUGGUAAAAUUGAAUCUAAUUUAACCAUUUUUGAAAGAAGCUUAAGUGAACCUGCAAAAAAAACUCGUGGAAAUGAAGCUAUUGAUCGUAUAAACGAUUUAGAAGCUGAAUUCGCUUCAAUAAAAGAUUUAAAUGAAGAAAGAAAACGUGAUCUACUAAAUAUCAAAGAAGGGAGAAAAUUUGCAAGGAGCGCUCAUGAGAUUCGUGAUAAACUUGAUGAAGUUAAAGGAAAAAUGAGAAAGGGUGAUACAACAACUGAUGCCUCAAUUCAGGAAUUGGAUGCUCUUAUGGUCGAUGCUAAUAAAAUGCUAAAUAACUUAGAGUCCUCUUAUGCUCAUUUCAUAUCACCUGAAGCUCAAGAUCAAAGUUACAGAGAGGCAUUUAAUAAUUAUAAAGAACAAUAUGUUCGUGUUCAAGCUUGGAUUGAAGAAGUACGUGUUUUGUUUAGAGAAACUGAACAUAUACGUUUAUGGAUUGAUGAACAUAUCAAUACUUUGGAAAAUGUUCCUCAAAUUGAUGUUUUCCAAGAAGGUGAAGCACCUGCCACCCAAGAACAAGUUGAUGAAUGGCAAAAAGACUAUGAUGAACUAGAAAGAGAAAUUGAGAAGUUUGAUGCUGAAAACAUGACUCGUUUAAGAGCUCAUGUGAAAAAUAUAAUGGGAAAUGAAGUGGCUCCUUCGGACUCGAUGUCUCCGGCUGAUACUAUGAUUAUCUCCAUUACUUUACAGACGUUAACAAUUCUUGAUCAAUUAUUAGAAAUGUUGAAGCGCCGUGAAAAUGAAUUAAUAGUAUUGGCCUUACGUGUAAAAUGGGAACGUGAGCAUGGUAAAGCAUUGAAUGUUCGGUAUAGAAUAACAAGUAAAAUUAAUGAAUUUAUCCUAAAUCGAGGCAGGUGGAAACCACCAAUUUCACCUAGGGAAGAUGGCUGGUUUAAUGACGCACCUCAACCUAGACAACGUGAUGUUACAUUAGAAGCUCGAACAUACAAUAACAAUAUCGAAGACUUUGAAAAUAAUAUUAUUCCUCUGACGUGUGAAAUUUUUGAUGAAUUAGUCAAUUCAUCGAAUGUACCAGUUCCAGAACAUUUACUUGUGAGGCAAGAAAAUCUUGAGGAAGAAGAUAUUCAAGAAUUAAAAAACUAUUUUAAUUUCGCCAAAGACGUUCUAACACAACGAAAACAAGUUCUAGAGUAUGCAGAGACUGUGGAAAACAUUCAUACAAGAGGAAUUCGUUUAAGGGAUGAAUUGAUUAAGGAAGAAUCAAAUCCACGUGAUGGAUCAGUUGAAAAGGAUUAUAUUGCACGCAUUAUUGAACUCAACAAACGAGUAGAAACUUCUUGGAAUUCAAUGGCUAUGCAAAUUAUCUAUCCAGAACAUGAAAGUCAUGACCCGGUCGAAAAUGAUGCCGUUCGUGAAAGUGUUUCCGCUUAUCAUAAAAAUUUACAAGAGCUGCUUCAAUAA